GUAGGGACAACACCUGCGUGUUUAUCUGCUGUAGCAUCCCCUAUCCUACCAUUGCACGACGUCAAAUACGACAGUUGUUCGUAGUGCCGAACCAAAGAAGGAUCGUUACAACUAUUCUUGUUAUGAUUGUUUGAAAUAAAAUGAGUUUAUAUUACAUAGUAAUAUGUAACAUAUUCUUUCAAGUAUUAUUUAAUGAAUUUAGUGACUAUUCGUCUUAGUUAUUCAAUCAAUAAAUAGUUUUACGAAGUAGCAAGAUAAAUAUCCAUUAUUUACAAAUGUAAUGUUUAUUUAUUACAUAUUAUGUAGUUAUAGGGCCUUUAUCACUUUUGCAAAGUAUUAUAUUCUUUGUAAAUGAUGUUUACAAAAAUAUUAGUUUUAUUAAAAUUUUUCGUAGCAUGCGCCAAGUAUCGAAUGUCGAUACAAUCGAUAACUUUGAACUUUCAAUUAGUUUCAAGUUAAAUUGUACAUUGUUAUCAAUCAUGACAUCGUUUUAUGACAAUUAUGAUUAUUAUAAAAAAAUGCUGGAACUACAGGAAAAAUUACGAAAAAGAUAAGUCAUUGUAUAUGUUUGUAAACAACUGUUACAGUGAAGAGGAGAGAAUAAGAUUAGAAGAGAGAUUUAAAAUACUCGUACAAGAAUCUCGUAAUAGGCAUGAUGCGUGUAUAAAUCGAUUGCGUUUAAGAUAUAUAGAGUUUUUAGAAGAACAACGUACAAGGGAUGAAAGAAAUCAUAAACUUCUUGAAGCAUUGGAUAGAGUAGAUAAUAGCCUUGCAUUGAUGACUGCAAAAACAGAUAGACUUAAUGUUCUUAGAAAACAAUAUGAAGCUUAUCUUCGUCGUAUUUAUACAGUCCCUAGCCCGUCGACGAAUAUUAUUGAUGACGGCAAUGUAACGAAUCAAGGUGAAGAUAGGUAUUUAAGGAGAGAUGUCACCGUGGAACAAAUCUCCUCCGAAGUAGAAAAUACUUUAUCGCCUCGGUUGCUGCGGUUGAACGGUCAAAAGAACCGAUCGAUUUCUCCAACUACAUCGAAAUUAGCUAAAUCAACCCAAAAUAUGUGUUACGACUAUUAUCAACGAAAUAAUGCGCAACCAAUAACUUUAAAUCAGCAGAUAAACAAUAAGAAUAUUUUACGAUCGUAUUCAUCGAUUCCACAAGAUAAUGAAUUGAUACAACAACCAACAACGCAGAACAUAUUGCCACAAAAUUUUCAACAAAAGCGAUCGUAUGUUCAAAUUGAUCCCAAUUUACACAUUCCAUAUGUGUCACCAGCUCGAUCGUGUUCGCUGAAUCAACAAACUACUUCGCAUUUUAACUGCAGCAAAUCCUUGUUGGAACGAAUGGAAAUACCUCAAACUAUGUCGCAAUUUAUGGUUCCCGAACAUACCGACUGUAGCAUGCCGCAGUAUAAGUUGUUGGAUGUGUCUCCAAAUCGAUUUGCUUCGAUGACUCUACAUUCAUCAUCAGUUGCGCAACCUUUCCAACGAAAAAGUAAUAGAGCAUUGUUACAUGAUACGGAAACACAGACAAGAAGCGCCGAUAUAUCCCCGAGUGAAAUAUCUUCAGUUUAUAGGACUAUGCCAGUGUCUGAGGAACGAAACCUGUGCGGUAUGUCUUCGCUAAACAAAUCUCCAAUUUUAUCAAAACAAACUUCUCCGCGUUACUUUGAUUACUCUUGGAGGAAACCUGAUCAUUUCAAAUCAAGGCACAAAUCUGUUAGCGGUACUUCCGUGCGCCCGCUAACUACUUCCGACGUCGACAAUAUGAUAAGACGAUACAAAUGUUUUACCCCAGAAACUUCCACUAAUGCGAGGCUGUCGAUGGGUGCCAGACAAUCCGCGGAAGAAGACGAAAGUAGAACAGCAACGAUCGUAGAGAACGAGUUGGAUAGGUACAUCGAUAAAAUUCGGAAACUUCAUCGGGACCUUGAUGCGCAAAGUUUAGAGGAGAUCGAUCAGGAGCAGACUAUGGGCGGUAAUAUGUUUAACGUUUCUUUGUCCGAUGAUAAUUUGUCGGAGAUUCUUCCUGGCGAAGAUCAAUUUAAAGAAAAUUUUCCUAAAAAAAUUGAGAAGGUUUUAGCAUUGGCGGAUGAUCUUGCGUCUAGAUCGGUGGAUCUGAACGUUGCCAACGAGCCUGGAAAAGAACGUAUGGAUAGAAAUAGAAAUGUCGAUCUAGUUCAAACCACGAAGAGCGGCGCACCGACUUCAGAAAGGAACUACGUUGCAUUUUCGGAUACACGCAACGGCUGUAAAACAUCGGUUACGCUUGCAAAAGACGAAAUUAGCAGGGAUAUUAUAUUACAGGAGACAAAAAUAGAUCCACAUCAAUAUAUUGAAAAUUCUAGGAAAGAGAAUCUUAGCAAUCUAAGUAACACACUGGAACAUUAUGAACGACAAUUACCAAAAGUGGAAAUAGAUGAACACGUUGAUUUCGCCGUUUCAUCGAGUGAUAAGGUUACGAAACAAGACACUAAGAGUAUUAUGUCCGAAAAUAUCGAAGGAGAAGAGAGUAGUGAAAAAGACAUAAAUAUUCAUAUGGCAGCAGAAUCAAAUCUUAAUGAGUAUUCGUUUGGUACUUUAGAAGAAUUAGAACCGUGGGAUAUGGAUGUUUUACAGAAACGAAUAAGAGAAAUAGAUUUAACUAACGAAGCUAAAAAUCAAUUUGGUAAAACAAAAGUUGUUAUUGAUAGUCUAAAUCAAGAUGACGUAGAACAAAUUGAAUCUUCAAAUGAAAUAGAAACUAUGGAAAGUAAAGAGGAUAAAAAAGGUUCUAGCGAAGAUUCGCAUAGAAAAGAUGUAGAUUUGAAUACUACGGAGGAUGAACUAAAACAAAAAGGUACCGAAUGUCUUCUAUCAAAAGAAGAGCUUACGAGUAAACACGAAAUAGAAGUAAGUGAGGCUUCUGCUUCACAAGACCAGAAAGAAGAAUAUAAAGAUAAUGGUUAUACGAACAAUGAGGCUGUUAUUCAAAAUAUAAAACCAGCACGAGAUCAGACUGAUGAACAAAAUGAACCUAACUGUGAGCAAAAACAAGCACCUAAUGAAAUUAAUCCUACAUCUGUUACAGCUCAAGAUAAUGAACAAGACGUAAUGGUACAAGAUUAUGGCUAUACUAAUCAAAAUUACUACGAAGAUUCUAAUCAAGUACAGAAUUACACGCAAAAUUAUGAGGCAGAAUAUACUGGUUUGAAUGAGGAAUAUAAUUACGAUCAAAAUGCGUCGUAUGAGAAUAAUCAAAGUGAAAAUUACGAUCAAAAUAUGUCGUAUAACGCUGAUCAAAAGCAAAAUUACAAUCCAAAUGUUUCGUACGAAACUAAUCAAGAUGAAAAUUACAAUUCAAAUGCAUUAUAUGAUACCAAUGAAGAACAAAAUUACGACCUAAGCUCAUCAUAUAAAACCGGUCAAGAUCAGAAUUACGAACAAAACGUGUAUGAGGAUAAUCAAAAUCAAAAUCAAGAAUAUCAAGAAUAUGUUAAUCAGGAAUAUAUACAAGGUUCGAACGAGCAAUACGGAGAAUAUGCAGGCGAACAAUACGAUUCUGAAAAUCAGUAUGAACACGAUACCAACAUGCAGUACCAAGAAGACGCGAAUCAACAAUAUGCGUACGAUUAUGAUCAACAAUACGAAACCAAGCAACAGAGUGACACUAAUAUAAAUCAAUCCUUCGCAUGUCCUGAUUACGACUCUAAUCAAGCGCAACUUAUACAGGAAGAAGAUAAGCAAAAUCAAGAACAUAAAGACUUACAAGAAGAGACAAAAUAUGAAGAGGGAAAAGUUGAUACAGCCCAGGGCAAAAAUGAAAUAUUAUCUUCUGAGAACGGGACGAAGAAAAAGAAAGAUGUAAUCAAAUCUUUAUUGGAUUCUGAUACAGACAGCACUAUCGAAAGGAACGUUUCAAAUACGGAAAGUGAUUUUGAUUUUAAUUGAAACGCCACAAAUUGAAAGGAAAUCUGUAUAAAAUGUAUUUGACAUUCCAAGCAAGAUAUUUCCUUCUUAUUUCUUAACGCACAUCUAUGUGAUAUACGCUUAGACUAUAUUCGACAACGUAAGUUUAGUAUAAUGUAACAAAAGCACGUAGGGAUCUCUCAAUCAAAAAAAGAAAAAAAGAAGAAUAUUCCUGUUUGUUUUUUUAUUGUUAUUUCUGUUCGAUAUACACUUGCAUUAUCUUUAUAACAGCCAAAGAACAUGUAUUUUUAGAAUUUUUAUCUCAAAACUAUUAGCCGUAGUUUUAAAGUUUUAACAUGAAUAAUAUAUAUAAGUUUCGAUAUAUAAAUAGGUAUCUACAAAAUAAUUAAUCUUUCAAAUUAUAGCAUUCACCAUUUGAUAGAAAUAGAGUUUAGAAAUGUCAAUGUUCCUUUAUAAUUACUAGGAUUUACGAAUUUUUAUGCAUUCAUAGGAAAUUUGUAAGUGCAAACUUGCACAAAACGCACGUAUGAUAAAAUACAUAUAAUAUUCAAAGUACAGUGCUUUCUAUAAUACUUGGUAGGUAAAACGAUUUUCCACCGAGGCUCUGCUUUUUUAAUUCUAUUCUCAAAAAUAUGAAUUUGCAUAAGAAUCCACAAUUUAACGACUAGAUAUUUUUCUCAAACUUUAUGCAAUGUAAUCUUUUAAUAUAUUUAAAGGAUGUAUCAGUGAUAGUGCGUGGCGAAAUAUGGAUUUUCGCAGAUCGACAGUCGUGAGUCUGCGCCAGUCGUGUGACACUGUCGCGCCACUCGACCAAUCGUGCCCAUUGCCGUAUGUUUCCUUUGUUUCUACUACUUUUAAGGUUACAGAUGAAAAAUUUUACAUUUUUCGAAUAUUGGGCUGUUCGUCACAUUGACACUAAACAUACGUUUAAUAUUCCACAAUCAACGAUCUGAUAGUCAUUAAAACGAUAUAUUUAUUUUGAAAUCAAUCAAUAGUAAAAUAGGAUAUUUUUUUAUUCAUUAAUGGGUUUCAAUGUUUUAAAAGAGUAGUCAAUUUAUUAAGUGUAUUUUAUUGUAAAAAUUACUUAUUAUUUCUGCGUAUUUUGUAGGUUAUGUGUUAAUAAACAAGUAAAGGUUACAUUUACAAAUGAGGUUAUUUUAUUAUGGUCAAUGGAAAUGUGAGAUUGUAAAUACAGUUUCUGAAAGAGAUUAAUAUACGUUUUAAUGAAGAUAAA